AAUUCAAAGGAAGAUCGCUCACUUCACACUUCUUCUUCCACCAAACCCCACACACCAUAAAUUGUUUUAUUUUAUUUUUAUUUUGAUUUUUUGUUCUAAUUUCUUAUUUGAAAAUUCAGAGCCUUAAAAAAAAAAAAUUAAAUAUAAAAACAAAAAAUAUCAGGAGGUUUUGUUUUUGUUUUUGAGGAGUGCAUUGGGAAUACAAUGCGAGGAUGGCUCAGUACAGGCAGUCGGGAACGGAGAGGUACGGAGCGCGUGCGUCUCACGAUCUGCACCACCACUCCAACGGCUCGUCGGAUCACGUCGUCCUCGGUAUUCGUUCCGGACCGCACAAGCAGGGUCGGACCCGCCGAUCGGGUCGAUCCGACAAGGGGCUGUUCGGAGUAUCCAUCGGCGCCAUCAUUGUAGUCCUUAUUCUCGUGCUCGCUGUCACCGUUUUGGCUUACUACUUCCUUUCUAGGGACAAUGGAGAAUUAAGUACUUACCAUGCCGAAGAUGAUGAUUUGAAAAAUGAUGAUUUCCUUUCAAAUGUGACACGGAAAGUCGUUGAGUUUGGACACAGUUCGGUGGUGCAUGGCCGAGAUUCAAGAUAUUGGGAUAAGGAUGAUAGGAGAAGGGAUGAAGAUUACAAUGAGGAGGCAGUGGAGCAAACUGGUGGGGAUUCUACGGAUAAAGCUACCGUUAAGGGUGCUGUUUCAAUGAAAGACAAGCAUGGUGAGAAGAAUUCUGCUCUCGAGGGGUUGUCUGUUAAGGGUUCGGAUAGGAAGAGUGUUGGAUUGUACAAUGAAGCUGGUCGAAAUGAGUUGAAAAUGUAUGAAGCAGAAUAUGAGGCCUCAUUGAAAAGUACAGGGAACUCAUUUAAAGCAGGCAUCCAUCGAAAUCAACAGAAUGAUGAGGAUUUGGAAAAUCAAAACGAGGCAGCUGAUGCUAUUGAUGAAUAUGAUGAUGGAAUUGACUAUAAUGAUGCUCGUGUGGAUGAGUAUGAUGACGAUGCUAGACAUGAAGAAGGUGAUCAUUCUGAUGUAGGGAAUUCGCAUCAUAAAUCUGGUGGACAGUCCUCUGGUCUUGUUGAUUCUGAAACCGAUGAUCAAAAUACUGCUAGGAAAGUUGGAGAAGUCUCCAACAAGUCAUUUGAGAAGAAUUCUAGAAAUCUUGAUGAAGUUAGUACUAACUCCAGACAUGUCAGUGUCACUGAUGGUCACUCGUCAAAAAGGUCCAAGUCAGAUUCCAAAAAAAAAGGAAAGCGCCACAAGUUUUCGGGUUCCUCUUGUGAGAUAAAAUUCUUAAACUCUACUGCACAGCUUAUAGAACCUCCAGAAAGUCGAAAAUUUGCAAGAUUUAGUUUGCAGUACACUAAAACGGAGAACCCUGUUGGACAAGAGCAGUGGGAACCAAGAUUUGCAGGACAUCAAAGUUUGCAAGAAAGGGAAAAUUCAUUUGUGGCACGUGAUCAAAAAAUAAAUUGUGGCUUUGUUAAAGGUCCUAAAGGAUCCCCAAGUACUGGAUUUGACUUGGCAGAAGAUGAUGAAAAUUACAUCAGUAGAUGUCACAUUGCUGUCAUGUCCUGCAUUUUUGGAAAUUCGGAUCGCUUGAGGAUGCCUACUGGUAAAGCGGUCACUCGCUUGUCAAGGAAAAAUGUAUGCUUUGUAAUGUUCAUUGAUGAGAUUACACUGCAAACACUUUCUUCAGAAGGUCAGGCACCAGAUUCAAUGGGUUACAUUGGAUUGUGGAAGAUUGUGGUGGUGAAAAACUUACCAUAUGAUGAUAUGCGAAGAGUAGGCAAAAUACCAAAACUUUUGCCACAUCGGCUUUUCCCUUCUGCAAGGUAUUCAAUCUGGUUAGACAGCAAGUUGCGCCUCCAACUUGACCCUUUACUCAUAUUGGAAUACUUCCUGUGGCGAAAAGGUUAUGAGUAUGCAAUUUCGAAUCACUAUGACCGACAUUGUGUAUGGGAAGAGGUUGCACAGAAUAAGAAAUUGAACAAGUACAAUCAUAGCGUUAUAGAUCAGCAAUUUGAAUUUUAUCAGGCUGAUGGCUUGAGAAGAUUUAAUGCCUCAGAUCCCAACAAGCUUCUCCCAAGCAAUGUACCAGAAGGGUCUUUCAUCAUUCGGGCGCACACUCCCAUGUCAAAUUUGUUUUCAUGUCUUUGGUUCAAUGAGGUCGAUCGAUUUACUCCCCGUGAUCAGCUAAGUUUUGCAUAUACAUACCAGAAGUUGAAGAGGAUGAAUCCUGGAAAACCUUUUCAUCUUAAUAUGUUCAAGGACUGUGAGAGGAGAUCCAUUGCCAAGUUGUUUCAUCACAGGUCAGAGGAGAAGCGGCGUAAUCGAACAAAGGCAGCAGAGUAAAAAAAAAAAAAAAAAAAAAAAAUUCUCUUAUACCCUUUUUGUGGGAAGUCGGUUUUAAUACAAUGUCAUUCAGGCAAGCUGCUCUUUAGUGGCUGGUAUGUGUUUUGAAAUCCCAACAUGUAGCAGGCAACUGUUUUCCAACAUGGUACACGAGAAUUUUGCGAUUAUAAUGUGACAGAAGUCGACUAUAGGCAAUGCUGAAUUUUUAUCGUCCCUUUGUCCGUGAGUUCUUUGUGGUGGGUGAGGGAUCAACAUUACUGCAGUUGCUUUAUUCCUUCUGGGUGUGACCAUAUAUAAAAGAACCUUGUCGUCUGCUUAAAAGCGUCUCCUCUGUAUUCAUUUCAUUUUUUUUAUCACUGCUUCAUCUGGAGGCAACUGAAGCAAUCAGUCUCCUUUAUACUGUUGCUCAUACUGCAACAAAUUGUGGUGCAGUGUACUUCAUACUUGCUCAAUUGGAUUUUUUUUUUUUUUUUAAUUAUAAAUUUUUCUGUAAGAAAUUUUGAGUGGGUCAUUUAGAAUAUGUAUGAUAUGAUAUACACACGGCCAACAGGGGACUAUUUUUGUUUUGCUCCAAAA